CCGAGAAUCACCAAUUCUAUCGCUCAGAGUCGCCCACGCAUCAGCCAGCGGUGGACGACAUGGUGCUCCACACUUCAACUUCGUGCAUGCGCUCGUCAUUCUUCGCCCUGCCACCUCGCCUUCGCGUGGCCUGCUUCCAGAAUGCUCGGACUUUCUCAUCAACACCUUCGCCCAAAUCCCCCUUGGUCGAUUGGGCAGUGGCCGGGCCUACUGCCGUCUUAAACGGCGUGCACAGCCUCGGUAUCCCUUGGUCCGCCGCGAUUCCCAUUACAGCCAUUCUGGUCCGUUCUGCACACGCCUAUCUCACCAGCACUCCAACGCAGAAAAUCAAGCAAUUCCAGGCGCAAAUAGCGCCUCUCGUGGGGGUACGCACAAAUGUCGAACUGUCCAAACCCGAAGAACAAGAGCGUUCAAGGCGUUUGGCCAUGGCCGAUACGCCAUCGGCGCAAGUGAUGCGUUCAUUCUUCAUCUGGCGGGCCCGGGUCAGGGUGGUGAAGGAACUGCACAAGGACUACGGGAUCAAAGAAUCGAUCCGACUGAAAUGUGGGGCGAGGGAUGGUCUUUUACCUACGCUCUUGUCUCCCCUGGAAUGGGUCGCCAGGAAAAUUGACCCGACUCGUUUUCCCACCCCUCCAGAUCCACCCGCCGUCGUCAGCAAAGAUCCCGUGGAGAUGCUGGCAGCCAGACUGGAAGCGGCGAAUCAAAAUGCUACGAUGGCCUCGGCAACUAAUCAACAUGAAGAUCUCGAGUCGGAAGUGGCGAAUGGAGCGACUUUGGAAGCUGAACAGUCACAGCUCUCCAACUUUGCCUCGACUACAUCAGAGCCAGCUGACGAAGCAAUCCAACGACUACCCGAAGUCUUUCCCCCAACACGAUUGCCAGACACCUUAAGUCCUCACUUUGAUCCCUCUAUGCAAACAGAAGGCCUGUCCUUCGCCAUGGACCUCACCCUCCCCGACCCCACCCUCAUCUUGCCAUGGACCCUAUUCGGCAUCAUGGUCUGCACCUCCUUAUUUCAGCAACGGCCGGUCAAUACUGGCGCAACACCAAAGCGUAUCAAUCUCUCUCUUCAGCAGCGGAUCGGGCUUGUGGUGGCAUCUUUGUUCGUCUUCUUAUCGCCCAAUUUCCCCGCGGCCGUGCUGCUGUACAUGAUUCCCAGCUUUGCCUUUAGCUGGCUGCGUGGACGCUGGCUGGAUUGGAAAUAUCCCCUUCAACCCUUGAUCAGACCUUGCAAGCGACCCAUCCGGAGGAAGGUCAGGAAGACUUUUGGGGGGUGAACGGGUCUUAAUAGGGACUGUAGCUUGUUUUACCCGCCCACCCGUCGGGGUCUCUAGGCCUUUCAAAACAAAUUUCACCGAUGCGCUCCCUCCCCAAGCCCGGCAAACGUGAGAAUAUGACGGAGAUGCUGCCAUUCGGCCGGGUAUACUUCUUUUUGGCAGGGCUGGGCAUAAGUGGAUCUGGCCGUGAUGAUGCGUCCCUGCUCGCUUGCGGAGCAGU